AUGGAGCCAAAUCUCAAACUCAAAAGGGACGAGGGUGACAUCUUCAAUGAUCCUACACUGUAUCGUCAACUUGUCGGCAAACUUCUAUAUCUCACGCACACAAGACCAAAUUUCACCCAUAAUGUGCACUUAUUAAGUCAGUUUAUGGAGACACCGAGGAUUCCUAACUACAAUGCAAUUCUCAAGGUUCUACGAUAUUUGAAAGGGACACCAGGUCAGGGACUAUUUUUUCCUGUUGAUUCACAAUUAAAUCUCACAGCUUAUUUAGAUGCAAGUUUGGUGGAUUGCCCAGAUACAAGACUGUCAACUACCAGAUUCUAUGUAUUCAUAGGAAAAUCCCUAGUUUCAUGGAAAUCAAAAAAACAAACUACCGUCUCUAGAUCGUCUGCAGAAUCUGAGUACAGGUCGAUAGCAUCUGUGGUAUGCAAGCUGACUUGGCUACGUUACCUUCUUUCCGAUUUGCAUGUUAAUAUUUCUGGACCUGGCACACUGUUUUGUGACAAUUUAACACCCCAUUCAUAUAGCUGCGAAUCCCAUUUUUCAUGA